AUGUCUACCGAAAGCUUGAGUUCUGAAGUAGAAAAAAGGUCACCGGAAGAAGAAGAUCUGGUGGCAAGGAGUACCAAAAAGGUCAAGAUGGAUGAAUUCAUACAAGAAGAGAAUCAGAUGGAGGACAAAGAACAGACCAUAGAACCGGCUGAAGAGACUAUGGAGGAGGGACACAGCGUGCCAGAAGAAGAAGUAGGUGUUCAGGAGACCAUUCCGGAACAAGCAACGAAGGCUUCCUAUAAAGACAGACUGAUAAGCAAUGGUUUAGACAAACUGAAUCCAGAAGAGAUUGUGGACAUGGUAGCAGAAGAUUAUCUUUCUGAGGAAGAUCUAAUGGAAUCAGAGGAGGAUGAAAAGACUCCCUUCAAUCCUAUGCCAAAAAUCGAAGUUACGCUCGAAGAGUAUGACCAAUGGUGUAGACCAUGGAAGCAAUCACUCAUAGUGAAACCUCUGGGAAAGAAGCUGAACCUACCUAUUAUGGAGAGAUGGGUUAAUAGAAGAUGGUCCAAGAAGGGGGCAGUCCAUGUCAUGGACUUAGAAGGAGGAUAUUUUUUGAUCCGCUUCUCGGACCAGGGAGACUAUGCGCAUGCCUUCUUUGAAAGACCAUGGAUGAUUGCUGAUCAUUAUCUCCUUAUUCAGAGAUGGAGACCUUUGUUCAUCCCGAAGGAAAAUGAGGUUCAAAAGGUAGCAGUUUGGGUACGUAUCCCAAAUCUCCCCGCAGAAUUAUACAAUAGAUAUUUCUUAUGGAAGGUGGGUAAAUCUAUUGGAACUAUGCUGAAAGUAGAUGAACACACUUCUAUACAUUCAAGAGGCAAGUUUGCAAGGAUUUGUGUUGAGAUCGAUAUUCGAAAAAAAUUGGUGCCGUCCUUCUCAGCACUUGGGAAAGAAUUCAACCUUGUGUACGAAGGACUACAUCAAAUCUAUUUUAAUUGCGGUAAAUACGGUCACCGAAUAGAGGGCUGUCCGGAUGAAAAUAAAAAAGGACAGAAGGAAACAAGGCUUGACCAACAGAACCACCAUGCAGCUGCCGGAGAUCUUCCUGCUCAGAACACUUCCGAACAGAUUCCAAUUCCAAACCAGAAAGGGAAAGAAAUUGUGAUGGAGAAAAAUCACGGGGCUGGUCUUGAGGAGAAAGCCGUUGCUAAUAAUGAGCAAUCUUCUGAGAUUUUUACCAAAAAUAAGGUAGCUGAUACAAGUAAGAAGGUGGGGUCCUUUGGCCCGUGGAUGAUUGUAAAGAAGCCCCAAAGAAGAAAUAAACAGAGAUCUGGAGAAUUUAAUGAGGAGAAAAAGAAAGCAGUUAAUGCAAACAGAUUUGGCAUACUAGUCGAUGAAGAAAACAACCAGGAAACAAAUAUGGAAAAACAAGAUAUUGCCAAUUUGGACAAGAAAGAAGGUGGGAACCAGACAAGCAAGGAAGAUCAGCAAGGAGGUAGGGUGGAAGCAUCUCUGAAAUUACAAGGUGCAGGAAAUAAGAAAAAUAUUUUUAACAAAGCAAAUAAAGGAAAAAAUACUGAGAAUAGCAGGAAGUUCUCUGCUGGCAUUUACAAAAGCCAUCAGCAAGGAAACCACAUUGACUUCAACGAACCUUUCAACCCUCUUCUAAGCAAUCUUAUUGCCAAGACCAUGGGUGGAGGCAGACCGGAAGGAGAAAGCAGUGGUACUCUCAAGGACAAACCACCAGAAAUAAAUCAGGAUGAAUAUAUGAACAUGAUUAUGGAUGGCAGACAUGACAAGCAGCCAGUGCAAAUUCCGGUUGGAGAAGACGAGGAAGAGGAAUAUGGUCCCAAGCCUAUGGAUGACUAA